UGCCCACGAGGGUUUUAAAUAUUUACUCAAUUCGAUUUGAGAGUGCAAAGAGGAGAGACGGAGGUGAUGGAGAAAUACGUUGUGGGCUCGGUGCCGACUGUGAUGUACAUACCUGAAUACAUCUCCCCAGCUGAAGAGGAACUUCUCCUCAAAAACAUUGACCAAGCCCCGCUUUCCAAAUGGAAGACUUUGAAGAAUCGGAGACUCCAAAAUUGGGGAGGAGUUGUCCACGAAAAAGGCCUUCUUGCCCAACAACUGCCAUCUUGGCUUAAAACAGUUACAAAUAGAAUAUACGAGGAAUCAAAGUUGUUUCCCUCGGCAAUCAACCAUGUCCUUAUCAAUGAAUAUUUGCCUGACCAAGGAAUUAUGCCACAUCAAGAUGGACCUGCAUAUAUGCCUGUGGUGGCAAUCCUGUCACUUGGGUCUCCUGUUGUCAUGGACUUUGUUCCUCAUCCUAAGUUAGAAAGCACUGACCAAACAUCAGAAAACGAUACUCAAGACAUGAUACAUGAUGAACCUUCACCUACAGAGGCCAAAAUAACCAGCAAAUACCUUCCUUUUUCUGUGGUACUAAUGCCUCGUAGCUUGCUGCUAUUUAAAGAUAUGGCGUACUCAGGUUAUUUGCAUGGCAUAAAAGAUUCGGAGGAUCACUACUAUGAUGAGGCUGUAAACACUACCAAUGGUCCUAGUCCUGAUGCUGGAACACUGACAGGCUUGGAAACUGAUGGAGAAGAUGGAGGUGACAAGGUGAUUCACCGGACUACUAGAAGAAUUUCUCUUACGUGUCGGCUAGUGACAAAAGUUCACAAACAUCUAAUAAAGAUUUAGAACGAUGAGUAGAUGAAACAUUUUAAGGACUUUUCCUUGCAGCAAGAUUAAAAGAUCUCUCCUUCCUUGAUCAUAACGUAGUAGUGUAUCUGCUUUAUACCAGAAUAAGUUUCUCAAUAAGUAAGUGCAAGUAUGAAUUACAAUGUGAAACUUAUGUGUGACGAACGUCAUUACCUUAUUCCCAGUUUGGCAUAUGCAUGCAUUUUUGUUUAUA